AAGGAGAUAUCGUCCUACGACUUAGUACCAGGUGACGUGAUGUUGCUGCAAGCGGGAGACUUACUAAGUUGCGACUGCGUGCUGCUACAUGGAGCGUUAGUGAUGAACGAGGCAGCCCUCACAGGGGAGGCCACACCAGUACAGAAGUCGGGUUUUUUGGACGAGCAAGGCAGGAUAUCUUCACGACCUGCGGACAUCGCCAAUAGUUGCUCAGCUGCCACUAGUUGUACCAUUGAAGGACAAGGACCAGCAGCAGCAGGGAAAAAGGUGUUGACUGACGUCGUUGAGGAAGAGACGUCACCGGGAAAUUCUGAAGUUCAAGAACAAGCUGCUCUAGACAAAUCUGCCUCCACUUCAUCCGCGUCCACGGCAAUGAGUAGCAAGAUGAGUAGCAAGAACUCUUCUUGGGGGAGCGAAAAAAUCACACCAGCGAGUCACAAAGCGAGCUAUCUUUUUGCUGGAACCCGCGUCUUUGCAGGCUCCGGCCGAUGUCUUGUCCUCGCUGUGGGUGUCGGAACGUCAAGGGGUCAGCUAAUCCGCACUAUGCUGUGUGGCAAAGACGAAGAGCAAACAGAUGAAGAAGAGCUUCUGAAAAAUGAUGCAGAUGGAAAGAACAAAAGGAACAAAGGAGGUACUGCUAGUACUAAUGCUGAUAGAAGUCUUACAACAGCAGGGCAUGGGAACUCUCGUCGUAACCAAAGUAAUCAGGACCACCAGAGCCGGGCGGGAACUGCAACUCCUAUCAGAAGCAACCUAGACAGUACACGACAAGGCGACGGAGAAAAGAAAUUUCCAUUUGAGGAGGAAAUGAGUACUUUCUUCUUCUGGAUCCUUGCAAUUGGCUGCCCCUUCGUUCUCGUUUGUCUUGUGGGGAAGAUCGGCGUGUCUCCCGCAGCUUCGAUUCUCCUCAUCACGCAAGUACUUACGACGAUGAACAACUUGAUCUCUCCCUUUUUGCCGGUUUCGCUGUCAAAUACCUACAUGUCUGCCGCGCGUCGCCUGCGACAGAAAAACUUGCUGUGUCUGGAAGCCAAAAAGAUUCCGCGUGCAGGUCGUUUGCGAACGUUUUGCUUCGACAAAACCGGCACUCUCACAUGGCCAGAUAUGCACUUUCGCGGAGUCUGUUUGUUUCAACAACAA